UUUCAAGCCCCCGAUUGUGAGGGUUCCGGCUGGGCGCCAGGUCUCUGCCCCUCUGCGGGGCUCUUGGAUGGCACCCUGCUCUGGAAGGAGCCAUGGACCUCUGGCUUUGGUCACUUUGCUUCUUGCCAGUAUCGGGCGCUCUGAAGAUCCUCCCAGAAGUCAAGCUGGAGGGAACGCUGGGCGGAUCUGUUACCAUCGAGUGCCCACUUCCUGUGACGCGUGUCAGAUUAUAUCUCUGCCGGCAGAUGGCUGGAUCUGGAGCAUGUGCCACCGUGGUGUCCAACAGUAACUUUGUCAAGAAAGAAUACAAGCACCGAGUCACCCUGACGCCAUGUCCAGACAGGAAUCUGUUCCUAGUGGAGGUGACAGAGCUGACCAAAAGUGACAGUGGAGUCUAUGCCUGUGGGGCGGGCACGAACACAGACCUGGGCAAGACCCAGCAAAUCACCCUGAAUGUCAACAGUGAGUACGAGCUGCUCUGGGAAGAGGAGUCGAUGCCUGAGCUUCCACAAUGGUUCCGUAGAUUUCUAAACAUGCCAGUACCUCCUUGGUUCCAGACGCCUGCACAUGCUUUUGAAUUCACAACCAAAGUAACCACACCAGCUCAAAGGACGGAGACCCCUCUAGCACACCACUCCUCUCCCACCACCCUAAUCACCCACCGUCCUCGAGUUUCCAGAGCAUCUUCAGUAGCAGCUGCCAAGCCCACAACCCCCCGGCCAUCUACUGCAGCCUCAAAGACCUCAGCUCUCAGGCGCCAGACAGCCAGCUACACCCACCACAACAGGCUCCACAGGCAGAGAGGCUUCCACCAUGGCCUGGGGUCCAGAACGGAAGAGCAAGGAUUUCACAUCCUGAUUCCCACCAUCCUAAGCCUCAUCCUGCUGGCGCUUCUGGGACUGCUGGUGAAGAGGGUCAUUCAAAGGAGGAAAGCGCUCUCCAGGCGGGUCCGCAGACUGGCCGUGAGGAUGCGCGCCCGGGAUGCCUCGCAGCGGCCCCUGUCGCAGCGGCCCCGCGUGUCGCCGCGGCCGCGCUCCCAAAACAACAUCUAUAGCGCCUGCCCGCGGCGUGCUCGGGCGGCGGACCAGGCGGGUGACGGCAAGGCCCCCCUCUCCGACCCCGGAGCGUCGGCGGCCUCCGCCCCGCCCAAGGUGUCUGAAGCUCCCUGGCCCCAGGCCUCGUCUCUGAAGAGCAGCUGUGAGUAUGUGAGCGUCUGCCGCCAGCCUGCAGCCAUGAUGGAGGACACCGGUUUAGAGGACUACGUCAACACUGCCUGCCUGACUCACGUCUCCAGCUGUCGCCCUGGGCCCAGACCUUUGUGCCACUGAGUCUUGUGUGUCCGCUGGUUUCCAGCACCUGCUCAGUAUGUUUUUGGAGCCCUCGUUACCUCCCACAUCCCUCCUUGAGUCUCGUUCCUGUCUGACUGCCCCCAGCAUAGCCCUCUUGAGUGGAUGUUAGAAUAAUUGUGCCAUGUCGGGGUCAUGGCACAGUCCCCGCUGCUCUUCUUACGCACCUUUGCAGCCCCCUGUGGUUUUCAGGUGGGCUCUGGGCAUGCAGGGCGUUUGUCCAAUGCCACCUGCUUCCUUUCCAAGCUGUGUGACAGGCUGUGGGAUUUGCAGAGGGUCUUUGCUGCCCUGCUCUAGACCGUGUGGCUCGACCUUGGGCUACAGCUUAGGCACAGCUGUUGCUUCUGGAACCCUCCCCAGGCUUGGGCUUCACUCCAGUAGAAGGCCCCUGGAUUGCACCAUGAGCUGAGAGGGCGCCUGGUAAACACCCCUGUCAACAUCUUUGCCCUCAUCUUAGGGCCGGCACUUACUAGUGAGCUUCUACUCAUCUUGAAUCCUAUGUUAAGGGCAAUUAAUUUUGAUGUGAUGAAGAGUUCUAAAUUUUCAGAGCUGUGCUUGUUAGUGUUAUGUGUGUGUGUGUAUAUAUAUAUAUAUCUCCCUAAAUCCUCUUUACUCUCUCUCCUCCCUUGAUGCUGUUAAGUACCCCGACCCCAGAACUUCUUGUCUUUUAGAAAUAGAAUUGGUUUUGUCAUCUCUUUACCCUUCUUCCGUCACCUAGCACUGAUAUUUGUGCACUCAUCAUUUUUUUUUAUUUUUAAAAGCCCCCUAGUACAUAGUUGUAUAUUCUAGUUGUAGGACCUUUUGGUUGUGCCAUGUGGGAUGCUCAGCGUGGCCUCAUGAGUGGUGCCAUGUCCAUGCCCAGGAUCCAAACCGGUGAAACCCUGGGCCGCUGAAGCAGAGUGUGAGAACUUAACCACUCGGCCACGGGGCCAGCCCCUGUGCACCCACCUUAACAUUGGUCUAUUUUAGCCAUCCAAAACCUUUACAUCUCUCUGCUUUCUGAAGUGCACCUCAUCUCUGUGCCAGUUCCAGGUCAUUUGUAGCAAGGUGGGGAAGGACAGUCGUCUGGAUUCCUGGAGGGCCAGGGCCUCUGCAGCACUUGGAUCAUGGGAGAAGAGACAGCCCACCUCCUACAUAGACUCUUUCUCUUAAGAUUUCUGAGCAAAGGCAUAGCAGACAUUCUAUCUUUGGCUUGAAGUCAACUCCAGAGUUCAUCCAGAGCUUGAGACUAGAGAAUGCCCAGUCUUGCCACGAGGAAGAAGCCCUUUCCCAGACACCCAGCUCAGCCUCACUGGGCACCUUGUCCAGAAAUAGAAAGGAAAGGCAGCCAGACUUGAGGUCCCUGCCUUUUCUUAGCAGGGAAUGUCAUCACAGACUGGACAGUACAGCAGUACGAUGACACCGCUGGCAGUGCCAGACGGACACUGGCACCUCUCAAGUGGCAGAUAAGGGAAGAAUGAGUGGGCUAAGAAAGGAGGGCACCAAGGGGAAGGGAUGGUGGGAGAGUGGGGUGGGGAGUGCGGGCAAGAAAUGAAGUGUUCAGUGAGAGCCUGCUUUGUGCUGGGCAUUUGGCCCACAUCACACCUUUUGUCGUUUGUAUUUCAAACGGUGCGCCUCGCCCCCAGCCCAGUGCUCUGUUCCUGCAGAUGUCACAACAAUGUGAUUUCCAUGCCCGAAAGUUCAACUUCACAUCUCAGCACCCCUCAUGAUUCCUCAGCAAUUCAAAGACAGGCAAAAAAUCCAGUUUAUUAAGCAUUUGCCAAGCACCUGUCCACUGCCCCAUGCAGUGGCCAGGAUUGUGGUGGAUAAAAGAGAAGCAAGGGGUGUCCCUGCUGCCUUCACAGAACUUACAGUCUCACCAAUAAAUAUGGCAUCAGUUAAAACACUGACACGAA